AUGUUGUCUAUUCUGUUGGCGAGUGCGAGCGCGACGGUGUCUGCCCACCUCCGUGCAACGUUCGAAGUCGGACCGGCACACCGUCGAUGCGCCCAGUCUCGCAGUCACUGGCUGUUCUGUACCGCGGUUCGUUGCCAAUUGCUAACCUGACAACUUCACGUGCGCUUGGGCAACGCGCUCGAUUAUUUUCAUGCUUUAUUUCUGUGCCACGUUAUUUUGAUUCAGUACUUUCUCAAAACAUAAUUAAAAAGGGCAACGCUUAGAUAGUGAGUGAGUUUGAGUGACCGCGUUAAGAGUGGUAAGAGGCUGUGUUUGCACAAAACGAGCGAAAGCGGUCGAGCGUGUGCUAACUUUGAAGGAAUUCAUCUGUGUAAAUGUUUUCCCUUGGAGUGUCGCAAUGAAAAUUAGUGUUAAAGUGUUGAAACAUCAUCUGUGAGGAGUACUACAUUUAUAUUUAUGCUGUAAAACAUAUGCUUAUGUAAGCCUCAAUAGACGCAAAUAACAAAAUGCCGGCGCUCCGUCUUCUCGGACGCAAAUGGCUGGCAGCCUCGGAUGAUCUCGUCUUCCCAAGCAUUUUCGAAUUACUCUUUCGAUUCGUGUGGUUGGUACUAAUAGCUUUGGUCGUAGAGGUUCUAUAUCCAGUGACAUGGCAGUGCCAGACGGACGGUUGGCACGGCGGCUCUUUCGUCCGAUUAUACUUAUGCGGUACCCUCACACUUCAGGCAGCCUUAAUGCUGUUACUUGCUGCUUUGGCUCACCAGUCCGCCAGAGGGACCAUUACAGAUGUAGACAUCAGAAAACUGGUAUCACCAUUACUAUUAAUCAAAGUGCUUCUGGUGUUGCCGGAAACAGCCCUCAAUGUGAUGGGUACUAUGUGGAUGUUCUGUGAAGUUAUCGAGUGUUCAGUUGACGAUAAAUUCUCUAGCAUAGUUAUACAAAGUAUAGUAUUAUUCAAUUGGGUGCAACUAGGACUGACAGUGUUUGGGCUUUUCAUGGUGUUCGAUCCCUUGGGUUCAGUUAACUAUGGAGAUAUGCAGGACACACCCAACCAAGUGCGCCAUCAUAGGAAAGUCACCGGUCUUUGGUCUCGGAGGUUCAGAUGGGCGUUUUGUUGGCUGAAGAGAGACGAACAUGGGAAGGAAGCAUUUCAACAAGUUGCAGCACUGCUCAGCGCCUUGUUUCGAUCCACGGACUUAGUACCAUCUGACGUGGUAGCAGGAUGUGUUCUGCUCAGAGUCAGACAGAAACGAGAAACUAGAGAAAUGCGACGUAUUCAAAUGCUAAACGACGAAGAGCCUAUUUAUACGACGGACGUAAACAAGAUAUUCUCCGAAACCCCACCGUGGAUGAAUUUAGACGAUGCCCUCUACUAUCUCAGAUUAUCAAUCGCUGCAUAUGGUUGGCCGUAUGUUUUAUACCGUCAUUGCUUCACUGGCUUCUGCAAAUUGGCCACCCACUUAACUUGUUGCUGUUGUCGUCCGAAAAAUUCUAUAGUAACGGACGACAACUGCUGUUUGUGUAACUUCGCUGGAGUCAAAUACAUGUCCAAAUUACCUGCCGAUGACAUUAUUUUCGCUUCCUUCAAUAACAAAGUUUUUGAGUUGCCGUUCUGUGUGAUAGCUGAUCAUGAACGCGAGUGUAUAGUUGUGGCGGUGCGAGGGUCCAUCUCACUCCGAGAUAUCUUCACGGAUUUCACUGCUGGCUCCGAGAAAUUUGAAGCUGACGGUUUACCAGAAAACACGGCAGCCCACAAAGGCAUGGCAAUGGGUGCGAACAAAAUGUUGAAACGACUUUUACCGGUUCUCGACCGGACAUUCCAGCAGUUUCCGCACUAUGACCUAGUACUUACAGGUCACAGCUUAGGCGCUGGUGUAGCAGUAUUAGUAGCUUUAAAAUUACGACCGAGAUACCCACAUCUCAAAGUGUACGCGUUUUCAACGCCAGCGGGACUAAUAAGUAGAGAAGCGGCGAGGUACACGGAGAGCUUUGUACUCACUGUGGGGGUCGGAGACGAUUUGGUGAUGAGGCUGAGCGUGCAUAGUAUAGAAAACCUUAGGACAAAAAUCAUUCAGACUAUACACGCUACCAAACUACCUAAGUACCGAAUAAUGCUGAAUGGCUUCGGUUACGCGUUGUUCGGUGUGCCCGCUCGCGACUUGGAGUCGACGUGGCGCCGCCCUGAGGACCUGGAGGCGACGCACUCGGACGACUCCGCUGACGCUCUCCUCGUGCCGAGCGUCUCCACCGUGAGUGCUGAGGCUGCGUUAGUGUCGCGGGAUAUAUUCGUGCGAAGAUUCUCGUCAGCACGACUUUUCACUGCGGGGCGGAUCUUGCACAUCGCUCGACGUAAGCGCAUGGGGAUCGAAAAAAAAGUGCGCACGCAAGAGCCAACAUAUGAGAUGCGCUGGGCCUGUCCCGAAGACUUCAUGGAGUUACAAGUCAUGCCUCGCAUGCUAUUGGACCAUCUGCCCGAAAACGUUCAUCGCACCAUUCAAACAAUAAUUGAGGAGAGACAUACUUACCGCGUCACGCACAUAGUUUAGGGACACAAUCAUAGAUGGCGCUGAAUGACAGUAUUCGUAAGUUUUACUUGCCAAAUAGCAGCAGUUUUAGUUGAAAAGGAAUCGCUCGAGGCUUGCCAAUACCAAACUUAUUUUGCAGGCAGGCAGAGGCAGGUCAUCUCUGUUUGACCUGUUUUGUGACAUUAUACGUUUAUAUUCUCCUUCAAAUCUCAAUCAUUUGGAUUUAUAUUUUAGGAAACACGUUACCAAAUUCUGAUAACGUAUAAAAUAGCUUUGUAUUUAUUCUCCGAGUUUUCAUGACAUGAUAUACUAUUUCGUUCCUACAUAACAACACUGUGUCGGUACGUUUAGUUGAAUUUGAUAGGUUGAUCUGAUUUUUAAUAAGUUUUUCAUUAAGACAAUGCUGGCGAAACCAGUGAAUGAUUCGUUUAUUUAGUUUAAGAAAUGUGAGAAGACUGUGAUGAUGUUAUAGAAUGAAAACUUUAUAUUAAAAAUAAGUGCAAUGUAUAUGGGUCGAAUGGAAAUGUUUCUAUUUUUAAUUGUGGGUAAUUCAUUUUGUAAAUAGUUAGCGUACUGUUUAUGUUUUGCCGUUUCGAGAAUAAUCUUAAUCGUCCCGCGACAUAUCAAUGUUUAACUGUUGCCCUGUAGUGUACUAUUGGUUAAAACGUUUUAUUUUCAAACGUAUUGCGUUGGAUUAAUCAUGUACAUACUAUAUGCUCAAACAAAAAGCAAAUCCGUGACGUUUGUGCGACAAAAAUCGAAUUAAAAAUUCAUUUAUUUCUACGUCUGCCAAAUUAUAGUAGAACUUCCCGGUAAAUCCAUGCGGUAACUUCUACUGUUGUAGUAAGUGUGACUUACAAAAGCUAUGAAUAAGUACAAUAACUAGUUAUUAGAUUAGCGUUACCAAUGUCAAUUAUGUAAGCAUAAUACUACAUUGUUGUUAAAAAUAAACUAUAGACGCUACUAAAAUGUAUUCCUUACAUCGACUGUAGAUUAUACCUACAAAACGUCAUUAUGACGUAGAGAAGUUGCAUAAAAUUUAAAUAAUAUAAUUUUGGUUACCAUUUAUAAACGCAUUGUUACAAAUAAAAUGAAAACUUUCAACAAACUUCGCCGGAUCGGCCUACUCUAAUUACCAGUUACCGAUUGAACUCAUUUUAUUUCAUAUGAAAAUUGCAUUUAAUUUUCUUAACAAUCGUAUCCAUCUUUUAUAGUUUGUAGGGUUUGCUAGGGAACCCAUAAGGCCGUUAUUUUCUAAUUUUUUUAGGCCACGUACACACCUGAACUUCGGGAGCAAAUUUAGUGUGACUUUAUAGAAUUUUUAACACUUAUCGACAUUUCUAUAUGUAUUAUUGUAAAUAGACUUAUUUAGUUAAAGUUUUACAUUCCAGUUUGUAUUUUUAGCCCUCAGUCCAUUUAUUAUUUUGUUCAAUGUGAGUGACGGACGCCAGAUUACUAUCCAAUAUUGUAAAAUAAAUGAGUUUUAUUACACGAGUUAGAGUUAAACUAUUACAGAAAGUAUAGUUCAUAAUACGAAUAAUCUCAAUUUAUUUAGUAAUACUAAAACAUAAUUAUUUUUUCUAUUCAUUUUUAUAAAUUCUACUGAAUGAAAUACUUACUUUAAUAUAUUUAUCCUUUAAUAAAUUACAGAAUAAAAUUAUCGUCUCAUUUUUGUGAUUUUAGAGUUAAGUUCUUGGUGCUUGGCAAAAAAACCCAUAGCUCAAUAAUAAUGUUGCUAGAUUUUUAUUUUUCAUGGAACCGGAAUCUCAGACAUACGUAAGUUUAACUAAUGAACAAAUUAUGAUGUAAUAUUUUUGUAUAUUGUAAAUAGCGCUUCGGAAAUCUCUGCUCUUUCAUACGUUAGCAAAUCGUACAAUUUUAUUUUUAUUAUUUCUAUAAGUACUAUAAUUUGUAUUUAUCAAGUAUUAGAAGGACUGAGGUUCUUUCCACAUGUACCCUAAAUUAGGGCUUUGUAAUCUCUCAUCUAUGUUCUUCAGUUGGAUUCGUGUUAAUUUAUAAUAAAAUAUAUUUUAAGUAAACAA